AUGCAGCCAUUUUGUUGGUCAGCAGGAACUCAGAAGCAAGAAAAUGUCAUAGUGGGAGACUACAGCAUCAUCCUCCUCAACAGCAGCCCAUCGCUGGAAGCUUCCAGAUCAUUGUGCCGAUCAAGUGGAGGACGGACUUUCAAGACUUUUGGAGAUAUUAACCUCACUCUCGGCAUGCUGAACAAGGAAGCUAAUAUUAGCAAGGAAGAGAUUUAUAGUCAUCUCACUGCCAUUAUUCAGAAUGCUGACAUCUUGGACAAUGCAAUUGUCCAAAGGUUGAUUUACUAUGCUUCCAAGGACAUGCGAGAUGACAAUAUCCUCAGGGAAAUCAGAAUGCUAGCUGGUGAGGUUUUGGUGUCUCUUGCUGCACAUGAUUUCAACUCUGUGAUGUACGAAGUACAAAGUAACUUCAGGAUCCUCGAGCUACCAAACGAAUUUGUUGUGCUUGCCCUGGCUGAGCUGGCAACCAGCUAUGUGUCCCAGAGCAUUCCCUUCAUGAUGAUGACCCUGCUUACCAUGCAAACCAUGCUCCGGCUGGCCGAGGAGGAAAUGAUGAAGGGAGCCUUCUGCAUCGCCCUUGAGAAGUUCAGCAAGGCCAUUUACAAGUAUAUCAACCACUGGAGAGAUUUUCCCUAUCCUAGAUUGGAUGCCAACCGACUAUCUGACAAGAUCUUCAUGCUUUUCCGAUAUAUAAUGGACAAGUGGGCCCCCAUGAUCUCACCGACGCAAACUUUGUCCAUCAUUAAGGCCCAUGGCCCCGCAGUGAGUCUGCUGCUCCAUCGGGAGGACCUCUGUGAAUACGCCCUGGGCCAGGUAACCUGGCUCCUGAACCAAUAUAAUGGCAAAGAGACUGAUUUCCAUGUCACUCAGAGUCUAAAACAAAUACUGACUGCAGCAGUCCUUUAUGACAUUGGCUUUCCAAAGGGCUUGAAAAGAGCCAUCUUCAUCAAUUUACUCCACCAGGUGUGCAGAGUUCAGGAGCCUCCAGUCAAGGAAAACGAAAUUGAAGCUUCAAGUUGUUUCCUCAUUUUAGCUCAUUCCAACCCUGCAGACCUGAUGGAAUUUUUUGAUGAACAAAUGAGAAGUAAUAAUGAAGUCAUUCGAAUGGGAAUCUUGAUUUUGUUAAGAUCAGCUAUCAAUGCUGAAGAGCCCAAGUUGAGGGAUCAUAUCACUUCAAUUGAAAGAAUAGUCAAAGUCGUCAUGGGUGACCUCAGUAUAAAAGUAAGGAAUUCCACCCUCCUCCUCAUCCAAACCAUGUGUGAAAAAUGCUACAUUGAAGCCAUGGAAGGAUGGCCACUGAUUGAUUAUGUCUUCUCCCAAUUUGCAAUGUCCAACAAGAAUCUGGAGAAACCAGUGAAACCUAACUCCCAUGAGGAUGAAAACGGAGAAAAAUCUGUCCGAGAAACAAGCCUUGAGGUCUUAAAAACUCUGGACCCACUGGUCAUUGGAAUGCCUCAGGUGCUGUGGCCAAGAAUCUUGACUUUCGUGCUACCUGCUGAAUAUACGGGAACGCUGGAAUACCUGUUUAAUAUCAUCAGAAUCCUGAUUAUGGCAGAAGAGAGAAAGAAGAAGAAUGCCACAGAGUCAACAGCACUUGUCAUCUCUACAGGAGCUGUGAUACUUCCUUCACCACAACAGCUACUGGCCAGACUUCUGGUAAUAUCUAUGCUCGCAAGUUUAGGGAAAUUAUGUGGGGCUGGUGCAAUAGGGCUUUUGAAGAUAUUGCCUGAGAUAAUUCACCCCAAAUUGAUAAACCUAUGGAAAGCACGCUUACCUGAACUCCUGCAGCCACUAGAAGGAAAGAAUGCUACUAUCACGCUAUGGGAAACCAUGCUGCUUCAGUUGCUCAAAGAAAGUUUAUGGAAGAUCAGUGAUGUAGCCUGGACCAUUCAACUGAGUUGGGAUUUCAACCAGCAAAUGGGCAGUUACAGCAACACCUCCAUUGAGAAGAAAUUCCUUUGGAAAGCAUUGGGAACCACCUUAGCAUGUUGCCAAGACAAAAACUUUGUAAGCUCACAAAUUAAGGAAUUUCUGACGGCUUCCAGCCAACUAGGGGAUCAACGACAGGGAAUAACAUCUAUUUUAGGAUACUGUGCUGAGGGCCACUUGAAUACUGUUUUAAAAGUUCUUAAAACAUUCCAACAUCAGGAAAAGUUUUUCAUGAAUCGCUGUAAGGGUCUUUUUUCUGGGAAAAAGAGCCUGAGCAAGACUGACAUCAUUGUAAUCUACGGAGCCGUGGCCCUCCAUGCUCCUAAGGACCAACUCCUCGCCAGGCUUGAUCAAGACAUCGUAUCCCAAGUCCUGUUUCUUUAUGGCCAAUGCUCUCAGAUUCUGGGCAUGUCUGUGAUGAACAAGGACAUGGAUCUGCAAAUGAGUUUCACAAGAAGUAUCACUGACAUUGGCAUUGCUGUCCAAGAUGCUGAGCAUCAAGGCUUCAAGUUUUCCUACAAGGAGGUGCUACUGGGUCACAUGCUGGACUUCAUCAGGGACGAGCCCCUGGAUUCCUUAGCUAGGCCUAUUCGGUGGAAAGCCUUAAUCGCCAUCAGAUGCCUCAGUAAACUGAAACCUCGGCUCUCACUCAAUGACCAUCUUAAUAUCCUUGAAGAGAAUAUUCAGAGACUGCUGCCCCUUCCACCUCUGGAAAAACUCAGAAAUGAAGGCGAGACGGACAAGGACCGGGAGCACAUUAGUUUUCUCUAUGAACGAUCCAUGGAUGCUCUAGGAAAGCUGCUGAAGACCAUGAUGUGGGAUAAUGUGAAAGCAGAGGACUGUCAAGAAAUGUUCAAUCUUCUCCGAAUGUGGCUAGUUUCACAAAAAGAGUGGGAAAGAGAAAGAGCCUUCCAGAUCACUGCAAAAGUGCUGACAAAUGACAUUGAUGCACCAGUGAACUUUAAAAUUGGCUCACUCCUAGGCCUCCUGGCUCCUCACUCCUGUGACACCCUGCCCACCAUCCGUCAGGCCGCAGCUAGCUCGGCCAUUGGUCUGUUCUGUAUAAAAGGUAUUCACCUGGAAAUGGAAAGACUGCAGGGUUUGCAGGAAGGGUUGCAAUGUGAUGAUGUGCAGGUCCAGAUCAAGAUUUCUUCUAAAAUAGCAAAGAUUGUCUGCAAACUCAUCCCAAGUGAAGAAAUUCUCACAUUCCUGGAGGAAACCCUGGAUGGUCUGGAGACCCUCAACCCCACAUGUGUAACAGCCUGUGGCACAUGGAUGAUUGCUGCCCUGAAGGAACAGGGAGCUGCUCUGGAAGAGCAGUUGUUGGAGAUCUUGGGCAUGAUUUACUAUCACAUGCCGGUCCUCAGACAAAAGGAGGAAAGUUUUCAGUUCAUGCUGGAAGCCGUCUCCCAGAUUGCCAGCUUUCACAUGAAUGCAGUCGUCACCAAUCUUCUACAGAAGAGUCUGCCCCUUGACAGGGACUCAAAGACACUGUGGAAGGCUUUGGCUGAGAACCCGGCCUCCAGUGGUAAACUCUUGCGAGCCUUAAUAGACAAAUUGGAGAACAGUUUAGAAGAUGACCUAGCCAGCCUGGAUGCGAUUUCAGUGGCCUGUGCUAUCCAUGAAGUGGUAUCAACAGGCAUCCCUGUCACACGCUUAUACCCGGAGCUGUUCACCCUUCUCCUGAAGCUGGUCAGCUGCACAGUGGGCCAGAAGAUGCCAACUUCUAGCUUGAGCCACAGGCGGCGGGUUAUGCAGCAGGGAGAACGACAGCAAAUGGCAGACCCCUGCAGGCUCUCAACUACAACUCUGAAGUGUGUGCAAGCCCAAGCCAUGAAAGAAGGCCUUGCCAAAGAAUCUGAUGAGGGGGACAACUUAUGGACGCUACUCAACAAUCCCAGUACCCACCACACAGGAGUAUGUGCACUGGCCAGGAGCAUGGCAGUGUGGCAAUAUGGAGUCAUACUGGACAUCAUGGAGCAACUAUUCUCAUCUCUCACCUCCUCAUCGGAGAACUACCGGAUAACUGGCACAGCUUUCUUCUCUGAGCUUAUGAAGGAGCCAAUCCUCUGGAAGCAUGGGAAUCUGCGCGAAGUGCUCAUCUUGAUGGAUCAGAGCGCCUGGGACCCCAACGCCACUUUGAGACAAAUGGCCAUCCGAGGCUUCGGGAAUGCAGCUACUGGAGCCCCUCACAAGGUGAAGAAGCAUAAGCAGAUAAUACUAGAAUCUACCAUCAGAGGCCUGUAUCACCUGGCCCGCACUGAAGUCGUCUGUGAAAGCCUGAAAACUCUAAAAAAGAUCCUGGAGCUGCUCACAGACCGAGAUGUGAGCUUCUACUUCAAAGAAAUAGUGCUGCAAACAAGAACCUUCUUUGAAGACGAGCAGGACGAUGUGAGACUGACUGCCAUCUUCUUAUUUGAGAAUCUAGCAUCCCUAACAGGAAGAAGGUGGAAGAUUUUUUUUGCUGAAGAAAUUAAAAAGAGCAUGAUUUCAUUCCUUCUCCACCUUUGGGAUCCCAAUCCCAAAAUUGGAACUGCUUGCCGUGAUGUCCUGACCAUCUCCAUUCCUUUUCUGGGCCUCCAGGAACUCUAUGGGGUGUUAGAUCAUCUCCUUGAUGCUCAGGACCUGCCAAGGGCCAGGGAUUUCUAUCGGCAAUUCUGUGUGAAACUGGCCAAGAAAAACCAGGAAAUCCUGUGGAUCCUUCACACACACUCAUUCACCUUCUUCAGCAGCAACUGGGAGGUGAUCAGGAGUGCAGCUGUCAAACUCACAGAUGCCAUUGUUCUCAAUUUGACUAACCAGUAUGUGGAGCUAUUAGACAGAGAACAACUGACUACACGGCUCCAAGCACUUCUGCAAGACCCCUGUAUCAGUGUCCAGAGGGCAGCCGGAGCUGCUUUGCAAACCCUCUUGAGAAGGUGUAAAGAGAUAAGCAUCCCUCUGUAA